AUGGAGACAAUAUUUGAAGCACCUGAUGAAGAAAGCUCAGGCAGAGUUCCAUCUUCCAGGGAAGAAAUGGUCCUUGACCACAGACCCCAUGUAAACUUUUCAUUCAGCAUUCUCUUCUUUACUGUUCUCUACUGCAGUGAGGCUGUCUCUGCUUUGUACAUGUUUGAAACUUAGAAGAAUGAUGAAAAAUUCUGGAUGUCAUUUACCAUUGGCAUCAUUAUUGUGGGAGCAGUUUUGGGUCAAGUUACCCUGAUGUUUUUCUACAAAAGUUUGACCAGAAAUAAGGCUGUCUGGCCGGCCCGGUUGUCUUUCUUUUUUUGGCACACUCUGCUCUUAGAACCUAUAAUGAAGUGUUUGCAGAUCAUUCUAAAUUAUCAUAAAGUUGUUGAAAAAACUUAACAGGACAAGGUAGAGACUCACGUUUGCAUCCAAAGGAUAAAGAUGAUGCUGAAAAGGGAGAUUGUUCUCUCAGUCUAUGGUACUUUUAUGUACUACAAGGCUUUCGAGUGCAUGCCAGUGAUCCAGGCCUUUCUUGGUUCUGUUCCACAAUUUGUUUUUCAGCUAUGUAUCACUCUCAUUAUAAGAGAAGGACUUUUGGGUAGAGCAUUGCUGAUGACAUUUUCCCUAAUAUCAGUUACUUAUGGGGCCAUAUACAGCUAUAUACUGACCACCAAAAUCAAAUAUGACAAUACUAACAUUAGUAAAGUACAGCCAGUAGAAUUCAUCUGCAUCAUGAUAUGCUGUUGCUUGGAGAUUACCUCCCGUGUUGUGGCUCUGGUACUUUUUACCACAUCUCUGAAAAUGAAGAGCCUACCAUUUUUAUUAAUCAUAUUUUCUGUAUCAUGGUUGGCAUCAUGGCUGGAGUUUUGGAGAAGUUGAGCUCAUGUCCGUAGCAACACUAAAAACUAAUUCAAUUCCAUUGGGUAUGUGCUGAUGCUUAUCUUGAUCACUUUAGUGUAUGCUGCCAUCAGCUUCUCCUGCUGGUCGGCAGUGAAACUGCAGUUGUCAAGUGAGGAAAUAAUUGACAACAGGCAGAAGUGUAGAACACUAUACUACAGCUUUCGGUUUUUAGAAAAUGUGAUAGUAAUAUUGGUAUAGUUUUUUGGUGGGAAUACUUCUUUAUUGAAUUGUUGUGACUCAUUCAUUGCCAUGCAACUCAUUAUGACCUCUGGAUUUAUGUUCUUCUUCUAUCAAUAUUUGCACCCAGACAAAACUUACCCAAACAUACUGAAAAUCAUCCUGAGGAAUAAAUGUAAACAUAUGAGAGUUUAUUAUUACUCAGGGAAUAGGAUUAGGUAUUUUUCAUUUAAGAAAAUAAGCCCAAGCUGUGAGAAAAGAGGCCAGGAAAGAGCCCAUAUUCGCGAUGACAGGCAGCACAGCGUUGAGAGCCGAGGCAUGAGGGACCGCAUUAUACAGGCCGACCUAAAAGACUG